GAGGGGGAGAGCUCUUCUUCUCACAGCGGCAGCGGGGCUCUUCGGACUGCACACACCGGGGCUUCAUCACAGCUCCGCGCGCUCUCACGGCGAGAAACGACGGACACGUCCCGCGGCGGUGUAUCCCUCCCCAUCCCGCCUCUCCGAUUCGGCACGUAGUUGCUUCCCCCCCCCCCAACAAUUUUAUUUCUAUUUGAUUUCUUUUAUUCUCGUACGCCCCACGCACACACUGCUGACAGUCGCUCCGCGGCGCACUCGGGUUCCUCUUUGCUGACAUGGUAGAUUACCACGCUGCCAAUAACCAAUCUUCGACGGGCGAGGUGCAGACAUACAUGGAGCAAGAGAACGACUGGGACCGGGACCUGCUGCUGGACCCGGCCUGGGAGAAACAGCAGAGGAAGACUUUCACGGCGUGGUGCAACUCCCACCUACGUAAGUCCGGCACGCAGAUCGAAAACAUCGAGGAGGACUUCAGGGAUGGACUGAAACUCAUGCUGCUGCUGGAGGUCAUCUCAGGCGAACGGUUACCCAAGCCUGAGCGAGGAAAGAUGAGGGUCCACAAGAUCAACAACGUGAACAAAGCCCUGGACUUUAUUGCCAGCAAGGGAGUGAGGCUGGUCUCUAUUGGAGCAGAGGAAAUUGUGGAUGGAAAUGCGAAGAUGACCCUGGGAAUGAUCUGGACCAUCAUCCUCCGCUUCGCCAUCCAGGAUAUCUCUGUAGAAGAGACCUCUGCCAAGGAGGGUCUUCUCUUGUGGUGCCAGAGGAAGACCGCUCCCUACAAGAAUGUCAAUGUGCAGAACUUCCACAUGAGCUGGAAGGACGGUCUCGCCUUCAACGCUCUGAUCCACAGACACAGACCUGAUCUCAUUGAUUACGACAGCCUCAGAAAGGAUGACCCAGUGACCAAUCUGAACAAUGCCUUUGAGGUGGCUGAGAAGCACUUGGACAUUCCAAAGAUGUUGGACGCAGAAGACAUCGUGGGCACGCUGAGGCCGGAUGAGAAGGCCAUAAUGACCUAUGUCUCCAGCUUCUAUCAUGCCUUCUCUGGUGCACAGAAGGCUGAGACGGCCGCAAAUCGUAUCUGCAAAGUGCUGGCUGUCAACCAGGAGAACGAGCAUAUGAUGGAGGACUACGAGAAACUGGCCAGCGACCUGCUGGAGUGGAUCCGUCGGACCAUCCCAUGGCUGGAGAACCGAACCCAAGAGAAGACUGUAAAUGAUAUGCAGGCUAAACAGGAGGACUUCAGAGACUACCGCUGUGUCCACAAACCACCAAAGGUCCAAGAGAAAUGUCAGCUGGAGAUCGGCUUCAACACUCUGCAGACCAAACUGAGACUCAGCAACAGGCCUGCCUUCAUGCCAUCAGAAGGACGCAUGGUGUCCGAUAUCAACGGGGCAUGGCACACUCUGGAAGGAGCAGAAAAAGGCUACGAGGAGUGGAUUCUCAGUGAGAUCCGACGUCUGGAGAGACUGGAACAUCUGGCCGAGAAGUUCCACCAGAAGGCUGCCAUCCAUGAAUCCUGGACCGAUGGUAAGGAGACCAUGCUGACCAAGAAGGACUACGAGACUUCCACCCUGUCAGAAGUCAAGGCGUUGCUACGGAAACACGAGGCCUUUGAGAGCGACCUGGCGGCUCAUCAGGACCGAGUGGAGCAGAUCGCUGCCAUCGCACAGGAGCUCAACGAGCUGGACUAUUACGACUCUGCCAGCGUCAACGCUCGCUGUCAGAAGAUCUGUGACCAGUGGGACGCCCUGGGCGCCCUCACCCAGAGCCGCAAAGAGUCCCUGGAGAGGACAGAGAAGCAGCUGGAGUCGAUAGAUGAGCUUUACCUGGAAUACGCCAAGAGGGCGGCGCCCUUCAACAACUGGAUGGAGGGAGCUAUGGAGGAUCUGCAGGACAUGUUCAUCGUCCACAAUAUCGAGGAGAUCCAGGGCCUGAUCACCGCCCACGAGCAGUUCAAGUCCACCCUCUCGGACGCCAACAAGGAGCGCAAGGCCAUCCAGUCCAUCCAGGACCAGGUGGAGGAGAUCGCUCACAACAACGGCAUCAAGCUGAGCGGAGGGAACCCCUACACCACCAUCACACCUAAGAGCAUCGACAGCAAAUGGGAAAAGGUAAUGGCCAUGGUGCCACAGCGUGACGACGCCCUGCAGGAAGAGCUCAACAAGCAGAACUCCAACGACACUCUGAGGGCCGAGUUUGCCACCCAGGCCAACGCGGUCGGUGCCUACAUACAGGACAAAAUGGAGGAAAUUGGCAGGAGAUCCAUUGAAAUGAACGGCACCCUGGAGGAUCAGCUGACCCACCUGAAGGAUUAUCAGACGACCAUCAUGUCGUACAUGCCUGAAAUCAACAAGCUGGAGGGGUCCCACCAGCACAUCCAGGAGGCCCUCAUCUUCGACAACCAGUACACUUCCUACACAAUGGAGCACCUCCGUGUGGGUUGGGAGCAGCUGCUGACCACUAUCGCCAGAACCAUCAACGAGGUCGAGAACCAGAUCCUGACGCGUGACGCCAAGGGCAUCAGCCAGGAGCAGCUCUUUGAGUACCGCACCUCCUUCAACCACUUCGACAAGGACCACAGUGGGGCCCUGAUGGCCGAGGAGUUCAAGGCCUGUUUGAUCAGUCUGGGCUACGAUGUGGAGAACGAAAAGCAGGGCGACAGCGAGUUUACUCGCAUCAUGGGCAUAGUGGACCCCAAUGGCAGCGGCGCCGUCACCUUCCAGGCCUUCAUUGACUUCAUGUCCAGAGAAACGACCGACACGGACACCGCAGACCAGGUCAUCGCCUCCUUCAAGAUCCUGGCCGCUGAUAAGACCUACAUCACGGCCGAGGAGCUGAGGAGGGAGCUCCCCCCCGACCAGGCGGAGUACUGCAUCGCCCGCAUGGCGCCCUACUCGGGGCCUGACGCCGUACCCGGAGCACUCGACUACAUGUCCUUCUCCACCGCCCUGUAUGGAGAGAGUGACCUGUAGAGCAGGCGAGAGGACGAGGAGGGCUGAGUAGAAAAAAAGGGGGGGGGGGGAUUGAAGAGGGAAGGUGGAGAGUUCUUCUGCGUGUGGAGGAGGUGCCAGGAAUCAGGUGUUUGGAGGAAUUUGAGUGGUGUUUGUGACGUGCCCCUGUGUGUGUGUGUGCUGGUUUAGAAAUCAUCAGAAAGUUUCACGGCUCUGAGCUUGUUGAUUGGACUGUAGUUAGGUUUGGCCUUCCGCCGAAUGUUUUCCAGCUCCGUUAUGUCACAAAGUGAUUGCGAGUAAUCAAGGUCACGUUUUCGUUAAAGCUCCGUAUGAACAGGCAUAUCCAGGGGCAGCUGUGGGAUGGUGGCACUCUGAAGUGCGGGUCCUUAGCUUCACCCUCUCUCCUUUGUGGGGUCAAACAGGGGAGGGACAUGGGAUAGGACUUGAGGGGCGGGAAGGGGGCACAAGCUAAUCUGAUACUUAUGCUAAUUUUUGUUUAUUUUAUUAUAAUUUUUUUCUUCUUGCCAGGGGGGGUGCAGGGCGGUGUGGGGUUUGACGUGGUGACUGGCGAGGUUUGUGUAUUAGAUCCUAGAGAUAUAUGCUGUGGAUGUCAGGGGUUGGGGGGGGGGGGGGAUGAACAACCAGAGAUAAAAAAAAUUACAUAUUUACCCAUAAUUCCUGUGUUGCUGGAUAAGGUGACCUGUUUAACCUCGGCUCUUUUCCUCCUCCUGUCUUUCUUUAUUUCUUUUCUUUUUUUCUUCCUGGAGCAGGUGGGUGGUGGGGUCGGGUGGGGACGUUGAUCGGUGCGGGGCGGGAGGGGCGGGGAUCAGCGCUGUACAUACUUAUUUUUUCAGUGCAAAGAAUGACACACACGGUCCCAGUUGUUGAGAAUAAACGAUCAGAGGCGUUCCAGACGGUCAAGCAGAGUGACAUUUAUUCAAAUAAGUAAAACAAAAUUAAAUUAACAAAUUUAAAAGCCAGUGAUAGCGACACAGAGUAGUUUCACCAGUGGAUAGGUUUGAGCUUCUGGAAGUCUUUUCCUAAGUUUUUUUCUUUUCUUUUAGCAAUUGAAAACAUUCAUGGAAGAGGUUGGUAGCCAUGGAGAUGUGGCCUUCCUGUAUAAAUCCCAUGAAAGGCAAUACCGUAAUUAAUCACAAAUAUUUGCUUCUGUGAAACUAUUCUCCUCUAGUUGUGGGCAUCAGGUGCUUAUUUAAAUACAAUACUAUACAUUUAUAUGAUGGGUAAGACAAAUAGUCAGUGUUGGUCCACUUUUAUAUACCGGAAAUCGUACACACAUACAGAAAUAUAUAUACAUGUCAUGUCUCUUCUUUUUCUUUUUUGGUCACCAUGGUAAGAGCAAUACGGCGCACUCCUGAUUUGACUUUUAGAAAAACAUUAUUAAAAAUUGAAAAACGUGCCUAUUGGUGGCUACAGCCCUGUCCCUCUAUCUCUUACUCUCUCCCUACCUCACUCUCCCACUUCCCCCCCCCUCUCUCCCCCAUCCCCACAUUUGUCUAUGAUGAGAAGGGGACAAAAUUACUGCAAGGAAGGGGGGGGUAUGGAUCAGGUAGGGGUCUUCAUGUAAACAUUCCAUCAUGUGCAAAUAAAAAAUAUUACAAUUUAAAAAAAGAAAAGAAGUUGUUAUGUAAAAAGCUAUGCAAUCAUAAUGUGUUGAAUAUCUGAGUCCCGGGGAGAUAUGUGGGCAUCAAUCAGGCCCUCCUGCAAAGCUGCCCUGUCUAAAUUAAAGAGGAGAACAGAUCGCUCCAGUGUUUGGUGGCUGUUGGGGGAGAGAGGGGGGAGACGGACAGACAGACAGGGAGGGAACUGAGAAGGAAAGACUUGGACCAAAAGCUUGUUUCUUUUCUUUUUCUUUUGUUUUUUUUCAUGCAAGAUUGGAGAGAAGUGAACUCUGGAAUUGUGAUUUUCCUUUUUUUGUACUCUUUAAUAUCAAACCUUAUCUGCUGUACUGGAAACUGCAACGCCUUCUGUCUCUAAUGAUAAGUGAUAAGUGAGUUUCACAAAGCACACAUUAAAGUUUCCUUACAAAAUA